AUGUUAUUAGCUGUUAAUUCGAACUUUUUGGUAUUUUUCGUUUCUUCGGAUGAUAUGAUGGGUCAAUCAUUUGCUUCAAUGGUUUCAAUGGUGGCAGCUGCGGAAUCAGCUAUUGGGUUAGCCAUUUUCGUUAUAACUUUUCGAGUCCGAGGGACUAUUGCUGUAGAAUUUAUUAAUAGCAUUCAAGGGUCGGGGCCUUUAUCGCUGGGCGAGCGCAUCCGAUUUAUUCUAAAGUCCUUUCCUAAACCACUUCCUGUUUAG